UACGUGGAAUAGCACUUACAAUUAUUUUUUUUUAAAAGUUCUUAAAGACGCGCAUAUGAACAAUGACAUGACGUCACAAUUCGCAAAACAAUUGGACGUCACAAUUUGAACGUAUCGUAGUUACCGUAGCUCGAUAUCGCAUAUAGCUACAAAAUGCCGGGGGAGAGAGUGACUCCCUCCGAAGUGAUCCGAGUCUUGAAAUGUGGAAUUUGCUGGGGAUUUUUCAACAAGCCACACACUCUGAAAUGUGGUCAUAGCUUUUGUUUAAGAUGUCUUUACAGAGUCUGUAAAGUUGCUCGAAAUAACCAAGCGAACAUCCUGCUUUCUGCACUAAAGUUCCCGUGCCCCACGUGUAGAUCACCCACACGUGUUCGAUAUGUCUUGCAGCGUAACGCAUGCGUCAAUUUCGCCAUUCAGGAGUAUGUCAAUCACUGGAAGAAAGAACGAAGUCAUGUUCGAGAAAUGUUUAAAUUGAGAGUGAGGUCAGUUGGAUGCCAGUACUCAUUAAGUGAAGAACAAGACGCGCGGUUUAAAUCGGAUGACCCGCACUCCCCUUCAGCCACAGAAUAUAAUCACGUGACCACGAGACUAGAUGUAUCCGCCUUUCUAUCCGAUGUGGGAACCAGUGUGUCUUCUGCUUCAGUCGCAGACAUGUCGGAGGCGGACAGCGAAAUGGCAGUGGAUACCUCCACCGAUGAUUCCGACGACCUUGACAUUCGUGUAGGAAACCGUGGAGGUCGAGGUCGUUCAAGAAGUCAAGGAAUGGAUGGCGCUUACCAGAACUUUGUUGGAGACAUUGCUUACACGUUUAGGGAUAUGUUCCGCUCUCCGAACCGCUCCAUCAUGGCACUGAUUUGGUGCGGCUACACGCUCUCUAUGAUGUUGAUUGGCAGUGGGUUUUUCCCGUACAUGGUUCUCUACAGUGUUUUGUUCUUACUGAUAUUGUACGCAGAGACUAUCCAGCAAAGAGACAGAUGAUGAAAAUUAAAUCCAAAAUAUUUAUUUUUCGGGGGGGGGGGGAUUUUGUGAAAAGUUAUGAAUACAUGUACAAGUGUGAGCCCUGUAAAUCCUAGAGAAAUAGAUGUGCACUUUCAAAGAUU